AUGGAACCUGCAGCCCGGCUUAGUAGCGGGAGCAGGCACUGUAGAGCCCAGAUCCUCAAACCUAUUAUCCGAGCUUACGCUUUGGGAUAUCUUUCAUCUAUUACGCCCAAGAUUGUAUCUUAUACUCGACAUCUUAGAGACAAGGAUCUCUCCACCAAAGAGAAAUUGCAAGAGUUAGCACAAGUUCUGGCCGGGCCUCUGCGCCUGAGCGGGUUUCCAACAUUCUGUGGAGCCCUGAUUGGAGGUUCGACCAUCUUGCCGACCCUGCUGUACCAAUUGUACGCAUGGAUCAUAGUAGGUUCUAAGGGUCACAUCCGUAUCUCCCAAAAAGGUCAACGGCUGCUUCGAUUUGCCGCCGUGUUUAUCUCAGCGUGGUACAGCUUCCAACUUUUAAACAAAAACCGCUCAAUCUCGCGGCAACAAGCCCAGACUAGAAGAGCCUCCUCCAGCCAGCAUGAUUCCUCCAAUUCUCCAGCCAAUAGUCUCGAGCGUCCGUGUCCGGAGCUGGCCGGGAAAACAAUGGAUCUGACCUUAUUCACUGUCACGAGAGCGGCGGACGUGAUAGCUUGCAUGGCAUGGCGCCGAUGGUAUCGUUACCGGAAGUCCACGAACCGCUGGACAGUCAUAGAGACUUUUGCACCUGGCCUAGCGGACGCUGGUGUGUUUGCUUUGAGCGCUGCCAUAGUGAUGUGGGCCUGGUUCUACUCUCCCGAAAGGCUACCACGGACUUACGAGAAAUGGAUAGGAGGAAUAGCUAAGGUGGACACUCGGUUAAUCGAGGCCCUUCGUCGUGCCCGCCGCGGGGUAUUUGUAUAUGGAAAAGAUACCGGCCAAGCGCCUCUUCUUGAAUCUAUGUGCAAAGACUACAAUUGGCCCGAGGAAUGGGGAGACCCGGCUAAGACGGCCCCUAUUCCAUGCGAGAUGGUACACAUGGGCUGCGGUCCCAAUUGUGAGAAGCACGCAUUGUCACGUUUUGCCAAAACCUUCAAGUUUGCCUGUGCAACCUACAUCCCACUGCAAAUUGUCUUCCGCUUUCGGAGGAUGAAGUCCCGUGCUGCACUAGGCCGUGCCAUCUCCGACGCUGCCCAGUCAUCAGCUUUCCUCGCCUCAUUUGUGAGUCUUUUCUACUACUCGGUUUGUCUAGCCCGAACGCGGCUUGGCCCCAAAAUAUUCGACAAGGACACUGUCACUCCGCUAAUGUGGGACUCCGGUCUUUGUGUUGGGGCUGGAUGUCUCAUGUGCGGUUGGAGCGUACUGGUAGAGAAAACGCGGAAGAGACAGGAGUUGGCACUCUUUGUGGCACCUCGUGCUGCGGCCACAGUGUUGCCACGGUUGUAUGAUAGAAAGUAUCAAUACCGCGAAUGCAUUGCCUUUUCCAUCAGUGCUGCAAUCAUAUUUACUUGCCUCCGAGAAAACCCACGCAUGAUCCGAGGAGUUUUCGGUGGCAUUGCGACGAGCGAGGGCGUAUUCCUCCGCGAUCAAUAUACCUGCAGAGGGGUAUAUUUGCUGCAGAGAAACGAUACUUCUCAAGGAAUGCCUUCUUGCACCAAAAACAGCAUGCUUCCUCCGCACCAUUCAAUACCCCCCCAAUCGAAGGAGCGCAAUGCUUCUACUCUGUACUACACCAUCAGUCUCAUCCUAGGAACUGUAGCACUUGCCUACGGCUCCGUUCCCCUCUACAAAAUGAUCUGUCAACAAACCGGCUGGGGAGGCCAGCCUAUCCUCACCCACCGAGUUGGUGACGGCGACACAGCUGACCGCGUAACUCCAGUCACCGACUCACGCCGACUGCGCAUCACAUUCAACGGCUCCGUAUCGGACGUCUUGCCCUGGAAGUUCACUCCACAGCAACGCGAGGUCAGAGUGUUGCCGGGAGAGACCGCACUGGCCUUCUACACCGCAACGAACAAGGGUCCCAACGACAUUAUUGGAGUUGCAACAUACAGCGUGACACCUGGUCAAGUUGCGCCAUAUUUCAGCAAGAUUCAAUGCUUCUGUUUUGAGGAGCAGAAGCUCAAUGCGGGCGAGUCGGUCGAUAUGCCCGUUUUCUUCUUCAUCGAUCCAGAUUUUGCUACGGAUCCCAAUAUGAAGGGAAUUGAUACUAUCACAUUAAGCGAAAUAUGA